UUAUUGACUUAUUUAGUUCUAUUUUUAUCUUUAUUGUGUGUUCAGUUAAAAAAGUGUAAUAUUUAUUAUGGGACUAUUUUGUAAAGCUUUUGUUUCCUUACGGACGCUGUUUUUGACGUACCCCGCACGCGGAAUUGUGUCUGAACUGUGUUAAUGGUCGUUUUAUGUGUGCUUAAGUUUAAUUUGCACAUUUGUCAUUAAAGAUGUCUGGUAUUCCACCGGAUUCGUGGCAACCGUCAACAGUAUCACUGGAGACGUCAAUGGGCACCAUCGUUGUGGAACUGUACUGGAAGCAUGCUCCGAUAACUUGUAAGAACUUUGCCGAGCUUGCCAGGCGUGGGUACUACAACGGUACCAAGUUCCACCGAAUCAUUAAAGACUUCAUGGUACAGGGAGGUGACCCGACCGGAACUGGACGUGGUGGUGCCUCCAUAUAUGGAAAGCAGUUUGAAGAUGAACUGCAUCCCGAGCUGAAAUUUACAGGGGCUGGCAUCCUGGCCAUGGCCAACGCAGGUCCCGACACCAACGGGAGCCAGUUCUUUCUCUCCCUGGCACCCACACAGUGGCUGGAUGGCAAACACACCAUCUUCGGCCGAGUGUACCAGGGGAUCGGGGUCGUCAACCGUAUUGGCAUGGUGGAGACAAACUCUCAGGACCGACCUGUAGACGACAUCAAAAUCCUCAAAACCAGCCUGCCAAAUUGAGUUUCUUCCUCUCCUGUAUAGUGUUUAAAUACAUGUUUUUUAUAUACAGUCUUUGUGGUAAUGAUUAAUUUCUUUGCAAUAUUAUGGUUUAUUGUGCAUAUGCAUCCUGUUUCAAGUAAAUAAAGUGGCCAUAUAUCCACA